UAAAUAUUUAGAGGCGGCGACAAAUCGGACGCUGGACGCCACCGCUUUCUCUCUCUCUCUCUCUCUCUCCUUUGCUAACCUCAUCAAGCUCUGAGGGUAGACGAAGUGAAACUUGGAUUGAAAUGCUGAACAUCAGAAAUUCAAUUCUGAAACACGCGAGGAUUAGGGCGACCGCAUUCGUGAACGCGGGAAAUGGUAACAUACUCAGCAAGUUCGCACAGCAUUUUAGCACAAUUGAUAAUGAUGCCGCACAGAAUCAGAUAAUGGAUCGAGUCACUGGCCUAGUAAAAGAUUUUAGCGCAAUCGAUGCGUCUAAGGUGACUGAAACUGCUGAUUUCCAAAAGGACUUGUCUCUUGACAGCUUGGAUAGAGUAGAACUUGUUAUGGCUUUUGAGCAAGAAUUCUCUAUUGAGAUCCCUGAUGAUGAGGCUGAUAAACUUACCUGCUGUGCUGAUGUUGCUAAAUACAUAAGUUCUAAAACAGACCAGAAGAACAAGAAAGAAGGCUGAUUAAUUAGGUUUCCAAUUCCCUCUUUUUUUAAAGUUUUGUUGUGGUGGUGGGUUUUCAAUGGAUCUUGAUUUUGUGAGAAUAUUUCAAUUCAGACCCAAUAUUAAUACAUGAUUCUUGGAAAAUCUUCCAGAUGGUACAUCUAUUUAUAUACAAUCUCUCUUUCACAAA